AUGGGUUAAUCCAUGCAAGCAGAGACACAGGUGUAGUGUGGUAGGGGAAAUCUGGUUGCUGGUUUCCCCAUGUGCUAAUUUUUCUUUUGCCAGUGUCAUGAGUUACUCCAGCAGGCAACUUGUCUCCCUGCCUCUCCUCUUGCUACUCCUCAGCUAUGGCAGGGGAAGUCACCAGCAAGAGCAAAUCACAAGAGUAGCAGGCGAGGACAUCAUUUUUAACAUCAGUAUCACAGAGUCCGAUGAAGACAUAAAGGGCAUAAAGACUGUCAGCCUGUACAAAGACACCACAAAGGUCGGCGAAUGCCUUCACAUGGCUAUGAACUGCACAUACUCACGUGGCGUAUUGAAAACGAUCUCUCAGCAAGUGAUUGUCAGCAUCCAAAAUCUCUCAGUCAAUGAUUCUGGAAAUUACUCUGUCACCUUUUUCCUGCAACCCACAAAACCUCAGUAUUUAAUUCAUGCUGGUCCUGUGUGUCUUAGUGUCAUUUCGGGUGCUGCAUCACCUUUCACAAAUUCUCCUGACCUCAAUGGAAACAAUGGAGAUGCUCACAACGACCCUUCUACAUCCUUCUCCUAUAUCUACAUCAUUUUUGCAUUAGCACUCUCAACCAUGAUGUUGCCAGCUGUGCUGCUGAGCUGGUUCUGCUGGACCCCAAAGCGGAGCUCAGACCGGGGAUUGUCGCCAAGUCCCACCAAUGAGUAUCAGGUGAGAAGUGAAGUGUCCAGGACCGUUCCGAUGCACUCCACUGAGUACGGAGUGCUGGAGUUCCCCAACAUGCCGGAGAGGAAGGACAAGGCCGAGCGUAGCAAGGAGCCCAUAGACUCGGUUGAGUACGCCACCAUCACGUUCUCGCUGGUGAACACCAGUGGAACCAUGCUGGGCCAGAAGUCAGUACUCUCCAAGUGCUCUCACACUGGACAACUUGCAAUGCCAUACUAAAUGGGCUGGACUUUGUAGAAAAAUGUGGUAAAAUGACUUUUCUUUUCAGAUGUGCUUAGUAGGCCUUGCCACAUUGACAGGCUGAGCAGUAACUAUAGCCUCCCCGCAACACAAGGGUACGGUGUGUACGUCACAAUACGUACAGUACAAGGUGACUGAACGCCACCCUUUGAUCCUCCGAACAGAGUU